AUGAACCCACACGCCCUAGUCAUUGGCGAUGUAGACAACGAUAACGAAAACGAGUUUGUCAUUGGCAACCUGAAUGGUGAUUUAGCCAUCUUCAAGGGUCAGUGCGAAGAUGGAUUUCCAUCGUACGUUUGUCGUGGUCUAGGCACAAUUACAUGUAUAGCCAUUGGCGAUGUGAGGAACCAUGGAAAAAAUUCAGUCGUCAUUAUCAAUGCAGAAGGGCAUGCACACAUAUUCGAUAUACCACCUAAAUCCAAAUCAUCCAGCAGCAGUGCAGAUCAGCAGCAUAUAUCCGUCGACGACUACCUUCGAGGGGGACGGCGUACGUCUGAUACAGCCAGCAUACAAGCGUUUAGGCGAGUAAUGAGUAGCAAUACCAUGACCAGUGCGCCUGAUGUGCCACCACAGCAACAGCAGCAAUUCCACCAACAGCAAUUCAAUACCAAUGCACAUCAACAGCACCAACAGCAAAAACCACGAAUCCAUGACUUGGGAAAACCAAAUUUAACCUUAAAGGUGCCUGUCAACGUCAAUAAAAUCUUGAUUGCAGACAUUGAUCACGAUGAUUUGAAUGAGCUCAUAUUGGCAAGAACAGAUCGCAUCUUGCACGCAUUUCAGCUUGUGCCUUCCGACUUUACUGUACCUCACGACCAUGUGUACAAGGGCAUACAAACACCUUCCUUGGCUUCGUUAUCGCCUUCUGCUUCUACAGCGAGCUUGAAUGGGUUAGGGCCACAUGCACACAAACCAUCCGCGCCACAGCAACAACCGCCGCCGCAAAACAGAGCGACUAGUAAUACCACCUCCGCCACUACUGCAACUGCAAUCUCUACCAGCACGACCACUGCUGCCAUGACAGGAGCAGCAGCUACAGCAACAUCUGCGACGAUAAAGGAUGAGAACAAUAGCAAAAAAAUCAACUUACUGGAUAAAAACAUGUGGGUGUUUGAUGGCCAGAUUAGCUCACUAUGCACAACGACACAUCCAGAACGUCCCAAUGAACCUCUGCUGCUUGUAGCUCAACCAGGCAACACAUUCACCAUCAUUGAUCAGGAUGGCAAUCGAUUCAACCGAGACUUCACACCGCAAAACAGCAACAACACUGCUUACAAUGCUAAACACAGUUCCUCAGCAAAGCGGUCAGCAUCGAAUUCCACUGUUGGCACCAGCGCAUCUGCUUCUACCGCUACUGCUCCCAAGGAAGACGAAGAAAAGAUCAAGGCACUGUUGAACAGUCAGACAGAUGGCAGUCUACCGUACAAUUUCGAGAUAUUCCAAGAUCCAUCCUUGAAUCAAUCAGCGCCCAGCGAUGAUUCAGACACGCAUUUUCAAAGAUCCAAUUAUGUGGUCAAGAACUGGCCAGUGCUGGACGGAGGAGGCAACAAUAACGACGAUGUGAUUGACGAUGAGAUUGAGAGUGGAGCUGUUGCAACAGAGAUUGUGAUUGGAAAGCGACAUUUGCUGCAGGACUCAUUUUCAAGUAGUGAAGUUGGCAUGCUGAGCAUGGAUGGCAAAUUCUCGAUUUACGAUCUCAAGACCAAGACCACAUCGCAAAGAGACUUGUUUGUCACACACAAGCUGUUUAGCUUGGCUACAUUGGAUGUAUCAGCAGCGUCGUCUAGACUGUCCAACACCAGCACGGCAACUGACUCUUUUGCACCACAUUAUGCUCAUUCACAGCAGCGCUACCAUCAUGGUACACAUACCCCCGUGAGUAGCACAUCGCACCUUCGAUUUGCAUCGACUACUACGCCGAAAAAUGGAUCACUGCACGAAGGGUCUCGAUCAUCCUCUAAAUUAUCGCUGAGCGGCUUCGUGAACAGCAAGAAACAGCAAACAAGGCAUCAGCAUGACACUGAAGCCUCGAAUGAUGAAGAGGAUGAAAACGGAGAUGAAGACGAGGACGUGAUCAACAAGACCAGCAUUGUUGCCAGCAGUAGCAGCAGUAGCGAGAGCAGCGACGCAUCAGACACAUCUUCCGGCGCUCUGUCGACCAGCGACGAUGAAGAUGAUAGCGAUUACGAGAGUGUGCCCUGGAGCGAAGGCAGCGAGAUGGAAGACGAGGAACCAGGCUGUGAUUUGUUUGUGGCCUGUGCGUGGAACGGUGUGACCUAUCUUAUUGAUUGGAGUAAAAAAUUGGACAGUGAUACAAACCAGGAUACCAUCAAAUAUCAACUGGUGAAAUUUGCGUUUGAAGGAAGAGUAUGUGCUUUUACAGCUGGUCUUUACAGCGUGGAGAACCAUGUCAAUGUGCCGUGCUUGUUCUACGUCGAUUUUGAGGACCAGAUCUAUGUGUAUUACGAUGUGCGCAUCUCGCCUGGACCGGUUACUGGCUUCAUCGACCUGAUUGAUGAUGAUAUCGAGGAGGCUUUGGAUAGAAUCAUGGGAAUAGAAAACGGCAUUGAAUCUCAAUUGAAAAAGAAGCCAUCAGCUGGGGGUGGUGGUCCUGCAACAACAGCAGCAGCGACAGCAGCCAAUGAAGAAGAUGGCGCAAGAAUAGAUCUAGGCGAUGGCUGGGAGGGUAUAGCCGAUGGAUUAGAUGAUGAAGAUGACGAUAUCAUUGGAGAUACCAGUGCACAUCCUCAUGCAUUGGAUGAUGAAAGCCAAGAUACAGAUCCAUCUAAUCUCGCUGACUUCAUCCAUGAGUGCUUGUAUGGCUUCCAUGACAUGAAGGAUAGACUGGAGAAUCAAGUGCUUCAGUUUGAACAGAGUCGACUUUCAAACCGAUUACCUCCGGGAGCUGAUGCUAGACGACUCUCUGAUCUCAACAUCACCAUUGAACCACCAUCAUUGGAAGUAACGACUGAAGAAAAGCAGCCAAACGUCGUUGCAGAACAAGUAGAUGAUACAAUUGGAUUGUAUCCUACAAACAGCAAUAUCAGCGAAGAAUCUUCAGAGAGCUUCGACCACAAUGAUAAUCAUAUAGCGUCAUGGAUUGAAGGAUCUCUUAUAAACUCAUCCAUAUUUAAGCAGGAAGAUUCAUCCGAUGAUGAUCUGGAUAGAGAUGAUACUUCGACAUCAUCUUGA